AUGAUAAAUGUGGAAGCUGAAGAGAAUAAAUGUGUUCUGAAAAUAAAAACUAAAUCUCCGUUAACAAUAGAAAUUAUUGAAAAAGAAAUUUAUAUUUUGAAAACAAUUUCCAAAGCUGGUAAAACAAGCUUCAUAGUAAAUAUUCUAGACUGUUUCCAGACACCAGGACAUGGAGUAAUUGUAAUGGAAAACGUGAACUGCAUUAGUUUGCAGAGACAUCUGUUCUGGGAUGAAUAUUUCGAUGAAUAUCGUGCUAUGUUUUACACUGCAAGCAUUAUGAUGGCCUUACACCAUCUGCAUGCUCUAAAAAUAACUCAUGGGUUAAUCAAUUUAAAGCUGCAGUCGGUGGUUCUUAACAGUGAUGGUUAUCCUAAAUUGAUGGAUUUUUCGUAUAGUCAAAUGGUGAAUGAGGACAAUUGUUUCGAUUGUUUUGCAAAUGAUUUCGUGCAGCUGGGCAGAUGUCUUUUUGAGAUGCUAACGGGAGAUAAAUUAAUAAUGAUACCGCUGAAGGGCAGAGAUCAAUAUCUUACGAAAAAUUCACAAGCGUGUGUCGAAUUUCUCAAAGAGGUCACCUCGUCAGUUCAGCUGAAGGAUAAACUAAUAAACACUAACAACUCAUCGAACAAUGAUCUGGCAGCCGGUUUUCUAACUCAUGAUUUCUUUAAACUAAUCAAAUGGUCAAAUUUGUUAGAUAAAAUUAUGCCAGCUCCUGAGUUCAGUCCGAUCGAAAUCAAAAAAUCCAAGAAGUUAAGCAAUGUGUGGUCAGAAAUUAAAUGCGCUGAAGAGAAUACCAAACUAAUAGAUGACAUGGAUUUUCAGGAAUUAAAAGUUCUCAACUGUUGGAAACACAAAAUUGUUUGA